AUGGACUGGGACCAGUCGCAGAUUUCCCAAGCCAUCCGCCAUUUAGAUUUCAACUUGAGCACUAAGUGGGACCAUGCGUUUAAAUUGUUCGCAGAUGCGCAGAGAGUCGAGAUUCAAAGAUAUCUGCAAGCUGGGUCUAGCAACCUAGAGCAUGUUGUUCGAAAAACCUUGCAAGAAUAUGUUACUGGUGGAAGAAUUAUCAUUCAGUCGCCCUAUUCGCCGGAAGAACCUUCCAAGUCGCCCUCGGCUGGACCCCCAAAGCAGCAGCUAGCAGCGGAAUCGGACCAGCACGACGAGGUUGAACGUUUGAGUUUGAAGUUGCAAAAGACAGAAGAAGAACUCACGGCCGCCAAAUCUCAACUAGAAGAAGCUGAGAUCAGAACUGAUCAACUGCGUAAGCUCAUCAUUCCAGUUGGGACAGAACCGAUCUUGGACAGCAAGAUACAGCAGCUAUUUUUUGAAAUCCGUACCCUGACUCAAAAGGUUGUAUCCAGGCUUUAUACAAAAGCUCCGCGAUAUUGGGAGUCUUCUAUAGAUGAGAGCAGGGUAUUCUUCAAAGGCAUACAGGAUCUUCCCCCAGGCCUUCAACAGGAUGCCAUUCAUUCAGAACUAUUCACCUGUCUGAGGCGAUGGCUGUUUUCGAACGAGAUCAAGGAAUGCGGUCUGGGAGAGGGACACGAAAACCUGCAGAGCCUUCUUGGCCAAACAGAAGAGGCUCUCUUCGAAGCUGUUGGAGCUAAGUAUCCUGGUGAACGUCACAGGGAAGAGAUACAAGAGUGGAGAAGUGCUACGUUCAAAUGUACAGAGCUCUUACAAGAUACAUCAAACGAUCCAGCCUAUUACGCAGCCAAUCUUGCAGGCUGCUUCAAGCCCGCAGAGACAGACGAUCUAAAGGCUCAACAACGUGGUAGAAAGAACCUGCAGACUCUCUGUGAGAGGUCCUUAGAACUUGGGGCUCUGAUGCGGCGUACUGAGGACAGCUUUGAAGUUUUCGCCGUCAAAGACGGUACUCACCUCGUGGAAUGUGAGGAUAUAGUUGAGAAGUGGAGGAACUACAGUGAGGAGGGUGCUUCUGGGGUAGAAAUCACUGUUUGGUGUCUCUUUGGAGGACUGAGGAAGAUAUCAAAGGAGUAUCCAACUAAGCCAGUGGUCCUGGAGAAGGCACGGGUUGCAACGCGAUUUGUGAGACGUGCGGAGUAG